AUGCCGCCCACUCCGCCUAAAGGCUCCGAGCCUAAGCCUGGGUCACUUUCGAGUUCGAGUACUUUCCCUCGUCACCAUGAUUCGGAAUCGAAUGAGUCCCGACCUCACGUUCAACGCGCAAAUACUAUAGAAAAUACUACUCCACCGAGAGUUACCGUUAUACAAGAAACCCCUCCAGAGUGGCAACUCAAGGGGAGGCUCGAUACCUUCGAGUCGGAAACAGCCGAUGAUGUAGUUGAAGCUCCCCGGGCUUCUGUGGAUAUGGAUGAGAUACCUAUCGAACUAGUGAGCAAGACAGACAAUUUCAUCGAUUCUCUGUCUGCCAAAGUCCAUCCGACACCACCAAAUAUCGAUAAGCUUUCCAGGCUAUUUCAAGAUUUCUAUCAUGUUGCCGCUUCACACAUACGAACCCAUAUAGAUAGUUUAGCUACUCGACAAACCCGAGAGAUUUCACCCACCCCUUCGAGCUAUUCGAGAGCAUCUGCGGCUAGCUUGUUAAGAUCCAAAGCGGCGUCUUUUAGUAACAAGGACAAGACAAAAACAACGCCAACGAAAGAAGAGCAACAAAUGCUCACGGCUGAAGAGUUUGCCGAUAGAAAACGAGCUCGAAAAGCGUUAGAGCAGAAAAGGAUUCUACUCGAAGAAGCUGUUGAGAGACGACUUUGUGAAGGCAUAUAUGAUCGUAUAUAUCGCCACAGGACUACUCAAGAUGAGGCGCAGGAUGAUAGUCUGAGAUCCAAGACUGCCGCGCUAGCUCUUGUGGGUAUUGGUCCUAUAGACCUGGGUGUUGACCUCGGAACCCCUGCCGAGAACACCCCCGAAGGCCUCGCGAAGCAGCAAGAGGAAAUCCGGGGAUAUUUGGAUCAGGCCCGGAAAGACUUGAUCAUGAUGCACGAAAAGAGAUAUCCUCUCGGCAAACUAAACCACCUCAAAGCCGCUCAUAAAAGUAUCGUUGAUACAUUAUCUCAUUUCCACCCUUCCUCAUCCGCCGAUGAAAUCAUGCCGAUGCUUAUCUACACCUUGAUAACCAUGCCACCAGAAAAGCUCAAUGUAAUCAGUGAUUUGAAUUUUAUACAAAGAUUUAGAUGGGAAGAAAAGCUAGAGGGAGAAGCUGCAUAUUGCUUGACGAAUCUCGAAGCCGCAAUCACUUUUCUACAGACGGUGGAUCUUGCAAGCCUCAGAGCAGACGAGGCUUCGUCGGGCCCCCUAAAAUCUGAGAGUCGGUCUGACACACUAAAGACAGAAACCUUCCCGCCAGCUUAUACUGCAGGCCUAUCCGUACCAGCACCUAGCUCGGCUACUGCCAGUUCCGAGGCCAUCCAAAGCACAAAAACCCCACCUCCAUCUACAGAUUUGCGAGCCGCCAUUCAACGUCGGCGGUUGAGCGAUCUUAUCCAAACUCCUGCCCAGGCUCUAGGGACUGCAAGCGACUCAUUGUUCAACACCGCCGACCAGGGCUUCAAAACAAUUGGAAAUAGUUUAGGCGACAGCUACAAAUUCCUACUUGGAAAACUUCGAGACAGUUCCGCUAGUGGGCGAGAAUUAGCAGUUCCACGAACUCUAGAUGAGGCCCGGAAACUCAUAGGUACUCCGCCUCCAGAGGACGAUGCUUCCGUUGAUGGCAGUAGUUCCGUGCAAGGAGGCGGAGAUGAUACAAAACAGCCCGCAGUCGCAAAAGAUGAUAAAAUGUUAACCCUACUUGGGGGUAGGAAGGUGUCAAGGGACCGAAGCACAGACAGCACAAGGAGUGCUAGGAGCGCGAGUAGUUCUACUAAGAAGGUGGUCUUUGCCGAAGAUAACAAGGAGAAGCCAGCUGCUGCGGCUGAAGGGUCUUCACCUGCGUCUUCUAACCCAGCUUUGGUUGAAUCGAUGCGGAAUUUUGGGAAUUCUUUAAAUCCCAUGAAUCGUUUCUCGGGAAUGAGCAUGAUGCGCGGUUUUGGACGCGCGACAACACUCCCUGUUACACCAACGAAAGACGGUACAACCAAGACAGCAGAUGGUGGUGACUUAGCUACGGCAUUCCCAGAUAUCGCAGCGGCAUUGCCGCCGAAAGAUGUACUCAAAGUCGAUCCGCCCAAAAAGAAAUUCAUGGAUCUCCAGAAUCCGGCGGAUCUCAGAAUUGGUGACGUCUUGGAGCUACUACGGGAUUACCGUCGACUGGCCGGUGCCCUCAAGGACAUGGAUGCUUUCAAGGAAUAG